UUGAUCUUGGAUCUUCAUAUAUUGUCACCAUGGUUAUCUUGAGAAAACUUCCCAAGAGGACCCAAGGCCGCAAGAGAAUCGAGAUCAAGAAGCUCGAGAAUCUCAACAACAAGCAAGUCACCUUCUCCAAGCGCCGUUCUGGAAUAUUCAAAAAGGCGGCGGAGCUGAGCGUUUUGUGCGGCGCUGAGGUGGGAGUCAUUGUUUUCUCCACGGCGGGCAAAGUGUUCUGCUACGGGCACCCGAAUGUGGAGACAGUGCUAGACUGCUACCGUAGUGGGGUUGCUCCUCCUGCGGUGUUUGAUGACACCGCAGGAGACCAAAACCCUAAUAGAGUGCCCAUGGCGGAGUUCAACAAGGAGUACAUGGAGGCAAUUAAAGAGUUGGAGGAGCAGAAGAGGAGGGUUGUGGAGGUGAAAGAGGAGGUGAGGAUGAAGAAGGUGGUGGGUGGGUGUGGUGAGAGGUUUUGGUGGGAGGAUGAGAGUGUUGAUUUGGAUGUGUUAGAUGUGCAGGAAGUUGAGCAUUACUUGAUGUCAUUGGAGGAUGUGAGGAAGAAGGUGGCUGCUAGGCUUCAUGAGGUGAGAAUUCUGAAUGGGACAUUGACACCGGGGGCGCUGCCGCCUGUACCGGCAGUUCAUCGGCUUUGUCACAUGCCGAUGAUGACAACUGGUUUUGGUGCUCAGGGUGGACAAUUUGGUGGUGGUUAUCACGGUUUUGGGGUUUAGUUUAGAGAGCCUUCAAGUGUUUUGUAUUUGUAAUUGUAUUUUUGUUUUACUUUUUUUUUGCUGAUCAUGUGUUAUGCUUAUGCAAUAAAAUGGUUGGGUACGUUCUUGUGAUGUGGCAAUGUCUUGUGCUACACCAAUACAAAUUGUAGGAUACAUUUUUCUUAGAGCAUUUGGCCAUGGUAACUCGUGCAAAAAAAUGAAGCAAAAAUGUAAUCGAAAACAAGUUUCUUUGUA